AUGCGUCGAGCUGCGCUUCUCUCGUUCGCGUUGCAGUCACUAGCCUUAGGCACGAAUGCUGCUUUUAGUACCGAAUCCGAUGCAUCCGUAUCACGGCUGGAUGCGCGAAACUUUGGAGACGCAUCAUUUGACUACAUUGUUGUCGGUGGUGGUACUUGCGGAAAUGUCAUCGCCACUCGGCUGGCGCAAAAAUCACUAAGGGUUGCUUUGGUAGAGGCAGGUGGAUUGUAUGAAUUGGAAUCAGUAGCUGCGGUCCCUGCUGCGGACGUUCUUCCCGUUGGAUCGGAUCCCAACACAAAAGCCCUUCAUGACUGGGGAUUUGUGGCGGAGAAGGUCCCCGGGGCUAAUGGGAGAUCCAUACAUUAUGCGAGGGGGAAAUGCUUGGGUGGUUCAUCCGCUAUGAACUUUAUGAUUUACCAGCGACCGACGCGUGAAUCAAUGGAACAAUGGGCAACAACUGUCAAUGACAGCAGCUACACCUUCGACCAGGUUCUACCUUAUUACAAGGAAAGUGUACACUUCACACUCCCAAACACGAAGACGCGGUUCGCGAACGCAACGACCGGUUUCGAUGCAGCCGCGUAUGAUUCCCAAGGUGGUCCUCUAGAAGUAUCAUACGCAAAUUAUGCAAUGCCGUUCUCAACCUGGAUGAGCCGCGGAAUGAAGGCGAUCGGGAUCAAUGAGACCCAAGACUUCAAUCUUGGCUCGUUAAUGGGUGCCCAGUAUUGCGCUUCGACCAUUAGCCCGAAGGACGAGCUCCGGAGCAGCUCUCAGUCCUCAUUCCUGGCAUCCAUCAAAGCCCCUUCCCUAACCACGUAUUCGAAUACCCUGGCUAAAAAGGUGCUCUUUGACAGGAACAAAACGGCAACUGGAGUUCGGGUCAAGGGUCCGCUGGGUAAUACCUUUACCUUGAGCGCAAAGAAAGAAGUGAUUAUUUCCGCAGGCGCUUUCCAGUCCCCGCAGCUGUUGAUGGUCUCUGGAAUUGGACCAAAAGAUAUUCUAGAGCAGCACAAUAUAGAGGUACUUGCUAAUCGACCAGGUGUUGGACAGAACAUGUGGGAUCAUCCAUUCUUUGCACCUUCAUACCGGGUUAACGUGGAUACUUUUACUAAGAUCGCGACGAACCUGCUAAACCUCGUCAAAAACUUUCUAAACUCGUCCAUCAUGAAGAGCGGACCGCUUACGAACCCUGUUGCGGAUUAUUUGGCAUGGGAGAAGAUCCCUGAUAGUCUGCGGUCCAAGUUCACAAGUCAGACCCUGAAAGACUUGGCCACUUUUACAAGUGAUUGGCCAGAAGCUGAGUAUAUCUCCGGCGCAGGCUACAUGGGCGCCGUCUCCAACCUCUUAACAGAUCAACCCAAAGACGGAUACCAAUACGCUUCUAUACUGGGUGUCCUCAUCACCCCUACAUCACGAGGAAACGUGACACUGAAAUCGGCCGAUAUCUCCGACCUACCGAUUAUCAAUCCCAACUGGCUCGAUACAAAGUCCGACCAGGAAGUAGCAGUGGCAAUGUUCAAGCGUAUCCGCCAGGCAUUCCAGAGCGAAGCUAUGGCACCCGCUGUCAUAGGAGAAGAGUAUUAUCCCGGGCAACGCGUCCAAACCAAUGACCAGAUUCUGGAAUAUAUAAAGAACAAUGUGAUGACGCUCUGGCACGCCGCUUGUACUUGCAAGAUGGGUACUUCGGAUGAUGAGAUGGCGGUGGUUGAUAGUCAGGCUCGGGUGUAUGGCGUUGAGGGGGUUCGUGUUGUGGAUGCUAGUGCUUUUCCGUUUCUUCCUCCGGGACACCCUCAGUCGACAAAGAUAUCGGAUGCCAUUGUUAAUGGAUCGAAUUGA